CAAGGUGGGAAAAAUGCCGCGACCCCUUCCUUCGGACUGCACCACCUUCACGCUUUCGCCAAGUGCAUCGAAGGACCCACGACGCUGCGCGCCUCUUUCGAGAACAUCUAUUGCCCGAAUGCUUCUCUUGACUUUGCACAAACACUGCCAUCACACUUGUGCAGCCAAUGUCAUGACAUAUGCACCCGCAAUCAGCAGCGGCACUCAACAGCCGUGGAUGAUGUCCGCUGCCCUCCAACGCCUCGGAUUCGCGAGGCUCUUUCUUGGGCUGUGAUUCCCGCCCACAUCGCCGACGCGUCCUUUGGCCAAUGCGAAAAAAAAAAGCUCACACUCUACUGCAGUCCGCCCUUCGAACGCCAAGAGAAUCCCCUGACUGCCUAGCCUUCUGAGACGCAAGCUGUGCAUACAUGCCAGAAGUGGCCCAAAAUGAGGCUCACUAUCCUGUCGAAGAAUCUCCCAGGCCAAUCAGAAGAGCAGUUCCUGCAUGAGUUCCACACUGUUCACGCACAGCAGACGGGCGCAACCGCUGCUAAUACGGGAAUCCUGCACGAGUAUAUUCAGGGCUUUGCACCUGCUCUGCGUCGGGAGAGGCCCGACCUCCGCCUGCCCUUGCCCAAAGGUCCUGUAGAAAUGUUCAGCUCCGCCCAAUUGACCUGGCCUUCUACCGGUGUGAUGCGGGGCCUUUUCGGGUCCAGCGUGUAUCAGAACGAGGCUGGCGCACACGUCUUUGCCGAGCCGAAUCGAGUGUACGUCACCGACAAUCUCGAGGAAGAGGACAUUCAGGUCAGGCAAUCAGGUCAGGUCCGGCUACUGUGUCUGCUGUCCCCAGCUUCUGAUGAAGCAUUCCGUGCCAGCUGGGAUAAGCACCGGGACUUGGUACGCUCGCUGCCUAUUCAGCCGAAGCUGUACCAGCGACACCUCUCGCUGUGUCUGACACGGGGGGAGACUGCAAGUCUCUUCAAGAACACCCCUUUCGACAUCGGACACGGCAACAUCAUCGAUGGCGGACUGGAAGAGUUCCUCUUUGACUCUGUUGAUGAGCUAGGAUCGUUCCUCGCCGUCUCGUUUGAGAAGCUGCGAGAGUCCUACAGCAGCUUUGUCAAGCAGGACGCGAGUUCAGCAUACGUGUUUGAUCAGAAGAUGGUAUAUGCUAGUCGACAGCGAGGCAUCUAUCAGCUCGUCGUGGGCGCCGUGGUGGGCACAGUCUUCUCUCUCAAGGGCUCUCUGGGCAUCUGAAAGCUUGUAUUUUCCUGUUUCGAUGUUGUCUCUCUUAUUACUGAUAAUACAAGGGUCACAGGCUGU